GUUUCCGGUCCAGCAGUGGGUCUACAACCAAAACAAACACAUUAUUCACAGCCAUAAAUGCACAUUUCCACCACUCACAUCUCCAUCGUAAGCUCCAUGAUGGGGUGAAAUGAGAAUCCGUACUCGGUGCAAAUCGCGUCGUUCAACACUGCGAAACCGAUCCAAGCGAACCAACCUGCUGCUGCUGCUAUUGCUCACGACGGCCUGUGAAUGUAAUUGUGUAUUUCACAACUUGCGUUGGUUGCUUCCGCGCCACACUCGAUGCGCGUGUAUCAUCAUCGCUUUGGUAACGGCUUUGUUUAACAACAACCCGGCCUUCUACGUUUCGUACGUGAUGCCUGCACCAACACACGCGCAAACGCACCCUCUCUCGCAUAUGCACCGUGAUCAGCUGGUGUUGGGGUGGUUCGUGGUGUACGUGUCGCUUUGGCCAGCUUUUUUUGACAGCUGACCAUACAACGAGUUUGUUUGUUGUUUUGAUGUGUGGCUACAAUUUCAUUUUUGCGCAACAGCUAGCUCCCAGCGAAUCUUCCCGCAGCGAACGAACGAACGAUGGCGGAUCAUCGGCGACGUGUGUUGGAUCUUUACAAACGGUUGCAGUACAUGGGCCGCGAGUAUCCGGGCGGACCGGACAAAUUUCGGCAGCGCUGCUACAACGCGUUCAAGCGCCAAAGCACCGAAACCGAUCCGGAGAAGAUUGAGAAAGCGAUCGGGCUGGGCGAGUACGUGGUGAAGGAAAUUGAAGCCCUGUACAGCCUGCGAAAGUAUCGGGCCAUGAAGCGUAGAUAUUACGAUGAGAAGUAGUGGAAGGGGGCGGGUGGUGGGGGUUAAAAGAAGUUACAGGGAAAGGGAACUAGAGAGAUUGUUGAUAAGCCAGCAGGGAGGGUGAUUAUUGAUAUGACCUUCGGAGAUAGUGGGCAAUGGGAGGAAGUAUUUUGGAUCUGGAGAGGAGAUGUACAUAUUCACUAGCAAAGCCGCAAACAUACUCCCACAUGGGGUUAAGAGGCUAAUCCUAAACGUUCCUCAACGUUGUCGAUCAAAGAGAUAUUCCUUUAUAGAUGGUAAAACUGUAGAAGUCGAAUAAACACGCUUUUUUGUUGUAGAAAAAUAGGAA